CAUGGAGCCGGGAGCGCGGGCCCGAUCCUUGGCGAUGGCGCCGCUGCUGGAGUAUGAGCGGCAGCUGGUGCUGGAACUGCUGGAGACCGACGGGCUGGUAGUGUGCGCCCGCGGGCUCGGCGCCGACCGGCUCCUCUACCACUUCCUGCGGCUGCACUGCCACCCGGCCUGCCUGGUGCUGGUGCUCAACACGCAGCCGGCCGAGGAGGAGUAUUUUAUCAAUCAGCUGAAGAUAGAUGGAAUUGAACACCUCCCUCGCCGGGUGACAAACGAAAUCGCCAGUAACAAUCGCUAUGAGGUUUACACACAAGGAGGUGUGAUAUUUGCAACAAGUCGAAUUCUUGUGGUUGAUUUCUUGACCGAUAGAAUACCUUCCGAUUUAAUUACUGGCGUGUUGGUGUACAGAGCUCACCGAAUCAUCGAGUCCUGUCAGGAAGCAUUCAUCCUGCGCCUCUUCCGCCAGAAGAACAAGCGUGGUUUCAUCAAGGCCUUCACAGACAACGCCGUGGCCUUCGACACGGGUUUCUGCCACGUGGAAAGAGUGAUGAGGAAUCUUUUUGUAAGGAAGCUCUAUCUGUGGCCAAGGUUCCAUGUCGCAGUAAACUCAUUUCUAGAACAGCACAAACCUGAAGUCGUGGAGAUUCAUGUUUCCAUGACGCCGGCCAUGCUUGCUAUCCAGACGGCCAUCCUGGACAUCCUCAACGCAUGUCUGAAGGAGCUGAAAUUCCAUAACCCGUCACUUGAAGUUGAAGAUUUAUCUUUAGAAAAUGCUAUUGGAAAACCUUUUGAUAAGACAAUCCGCCAUUACCUGGACCCUUUGUGGCACCAGCUUGGAGCCAGGACUAAAUCCUUGGUGCAGGAUUUGAAGAUUCUACGAACAUUGCUUCAGUAUCUCUCCCAGUAUGAUUGUAUUACAUUUCUGAAUCUUCUGGAAUCUCUGAGAGCAACAGAGAAAGCUUUUGGUCAGAACUCAGGUUGGCUGUUUCUUGACUCCAGCGCCUCAAUGUUCAUCAAUGCUCGAGCAAGAGUUUAUCAGAUUCCAGAUGCCAAAGCGAGUAAAAAAGGCAAAGUGUCAGAAAAAACGGAGAUUAAAGAAGGGCAAGAAACAAAAAGGGAACUGGUCCUCGAAAGCAACCCCAAGUGGGAAGCACUCACUGAAGUAUUGAAAGAAAUUGAGGCAGAAAACAAGGAGAGUGAAGCCCUUGGUGGCCCAGGUCGGGUGCUCAUCUGCGCCAGCGACGAGCGGACCUGCUCCCAGCUGCGGGAGUACCUCACCGGCGGGGCCGAGGCCUUCCUGCUGCGGCUGUACCGCAAGGCCUUCGAGAAGGACGGCAAGGCCCAGGAGGUGUGGGCGCCGCCGCCGAGAGAGGACUGCGCCCGGAGGACCACGAAGGCCCGCCGGCGGCCCGCAGACCGGCCUCCCGCCCAGGGGAGGGCGCUCAAAAAGAAGCCGCGCGGGCUGACGCUCACUCAGAUGGUGGGCGCCGCGGGGCCGGCGGGAGGCGACGCGCCCGGCGAGGACGGCCGUCAGGGCGGCGGCGGCCCCGAAGGCUGCGGGGGAGAGAUGGCGCACGAGGCCUUCGAUGCCAACUUGUCGUCCGAGGCGGCCUACGGGAUCCUGAGGGAGCCGCUCACCGUGCUGCACCCGCUCCUGGGCUGCGGCGACCCCUACGCGCUGACGCGGGUGCUGCACGAGGUGGAGCCCAGAUACGUGGUGCUGUACGACGCCGAGCUGACGUUUGUCCGUCAGCUCGAGAUCUACAGAGCCAGUCGGCCUGGGAGACCGCUGAGGGUUUACUUUCUCAUAUACGGAGGCUCAACCGAGGAGCAGCGCUAUCUCACUGCUUUGCGGAAGGAAAAGGAAGCGUUUGAGAAACUCAUAAGGGAAAAGGCCAGCAUGGUUAUUCCUGAAGAAAGAGAAGGCAGAGAUGAAACAAACCUGGACCUGGCAAGGGGCUCCGUGUCAAGCCAAGCUCCCACCGACACACGCAAGGCAGGCGGCCAGGAGCAGCAGGGCGCCCCGCAGCGCGUGGUGGUGGACAUGCGGGAGUUUCGCAGCGAGCUCCCCUCGCUGAUCCACCGCCGGGGCAUAGACAUCGAGCCUGUGACCCUGGAGGUGGGUGACUACAUCCUGACCCCCGAGAUGUGCGUGGAGCGCAAGAGCAUCAGCGACCUGAUCGGCUCCCUGAACAACGGCCGCCUGUACAGCCAGUGCGUGGCCAUGGCCCGCUACUACCCGCGGCCGCUGCUGCUCAUCGAGUUCGACCCCCGCAAGCCCUUCUCGCUCACCGCGCGCGGGGCCUGGUACCCGGAGACCUCGGGCACCGACGUGAGCGCCCGGCUCGCCCUGCUGACCCUGCACUUCCCGCGGCUGCGGCUCCUCUGGUGCCCGUCCCCCCACGCCACGGCCGAGCUGUUCGAGGAGCUCAAGCUGCAAAAGCCGCAGCCCGACGCCGCGGCCGCCGCGGCGGUCACGGCCGACUCGGACACGCUGCCCGAGUCCGACAGGUACCGCCCCGGGCCCCAGGACUUCCUGCUGAAGAUGCCGGGAGUGAACGCCAAGAACUGCCACGCGCUGAUGAACCAGGUCGGGAGCCUCGCGGAGCUGGCACGCCUGUCGCAGGCCGAGCUGGCGGCCGUUCUGGGCAACUCCGCCAACGCCAAGCAGCUGUACGACUUCAUCCACACGCCCUACGCCGAGGUGGUGACCCGGGGGAAGGGGAGGAAGUGAGGCGCGCCCGCUUCCCGCCCGCGGGUGCUUUCGGGGGGGGUCCCGGCCCAGGUUCCGCCUUGAACGUUGCCAGGGGGGCCAGACCUGCGCCCUCCGCCCUGCGCCUGCCCGCCAGGGCUAGGGCUGUUUGCUUUUUGAGCUGUGUCCGCAGCAGGUAACGUCGCCACGCGUGUUUAGGCAGGUCCUGGAACAGGCAGCAGGAGCCUGUGUGCCCCACCCAAACCGACCAGACACUCCGCUGUGUUCCCCCUCUCCGCAGAGGGCCCCCGGAGCGCCGAGGGGGACGCGCUCUGCCCUCCCCACCCUCCCUCCACUGUGUUUCCCUCAACUCUCAACUUCUUCCACCUGCCUUUCCCCCCGAGGAGAAGUGUGGGCAUCAGCUUCCCACCCUGGCUGAAGAUGGUCCUCUGGCCUGGCCCCUUCACUCUCUGGCCAUCUUAUCUGCGCAGUAUGUCCCCUUGGUUGUUCUGAACCAGUAUUUUAAAACACGCAAUGAAUUACUUGUUUGCCAGGAUGUGUGGGUUACGUGACGAUGCCCUUAGAAUUCUGUUUCUGCAGAUAGCCAGGCUCCCAAGUCCCAGAACCCUGAGGCCCAAGUGGCUAGUUACAGCCUCAGAGGCAUCCUCGCUCCGGGCCUCCCAGCCUCUCUCCUAGGUGUGAGGCACCAAGUGUGGGCGCCUCCCCCCGGCCCCCCACCCCCAAGGCUUUCACUCCUGUGCUACAGUCUGUGUGAGGGUCAAAUGCAAGCCCGCGAGCGGCCCAGCAAGAUGCCAAGGUGCCAUCUUCCCUGCAUUGGAGUAAAAGGGUUGUGAGUGCAAGAUCCACCGUACCACACAGAAACAUUCUGAAGAAGUAGGUAUAUAUUUUAAAAUCAGUCAAAAUAGCAAUCUCAUUCCAAACCUCCUUCCCAUUGAACUAGACUUAGCUUUGUACUGAAGUAGACAUACGGGACAGUCAUAGCAU